CAGAUAAUAAAAUACCCGUGCUGUAGCCGCGGUUGUUUGUUGUGUCGUAAUCGGACCAGUGGCGUGGGGCCUGAGCAGCAUGGUCGCCAUCACCAUACUGUGCCAGCGCGCCGACUCGCGAGCACGUUCGCGCCAAUUUUUGACAGCUGUCAAACCGAAUACGUUACGCGAGUGCUUAGAAACUUUUUUCGCGGUCGAAAAAAAGAAUAAUUCGCGUUUCGUUCGUGUUUUGAAAUAGUUAUCGGAGUACCACAGCAAUGGAGCACGUUCAUGAGACUAUGCCCAUGCACGACCACGGUGGCCACGGCGGCCACGGGGAUGACUGCGACAGCCCCUGCGCUGACAUGGGCCACAGCCACGCCAUGGUGUUCCACGCCAACGUGUGCCAGGAGAUCCUGUUCAGCGGCUGGCUGACCACCACCGCCCUGCAGCUGUUCGGCUCCUGCGUGGCCAUAUUCGUCGGAGGAGUUCUAUACGAAGCACUGAAGUACUACAGAGAGGUUCUGCACAUAAGAGCCACCACUGUAACGGCUGACUCCAGGGUCAACAUCGCCAAGAACGAGUGCGGCUCCACCGGAAACUGCAAUGGACCAACCGUUGUCAAAUACAGCAUAUGGUCGUGCGGGCAUGCGGUGCAGACGGCGCUGCACGUGGUGCAGGCGACGGCGUCGUACGUGCUCAUGUUGGUGUUCAUGACCUACAACGUGUACCUGUGCCUGGCGCUGGUGGCGGGGCUCGGCCUCGGGUACUUCAUCUUCGGGUGGCGCAAGACCUCCCUCAACGACGCCAAUGAACAUUGCCAGUGACCGCCUGCCUGAAA